AUGUUCAAGUUAAGACAGAAGUUCAAGUUGACGUCCCACGAAGAAGAGUUACCGGAGAUUAACAAGUUGUCUAUUGACGACGAUGUUUCCACCAUCAAUAGUGAGAAAAAGAGCUCAGAUACCUCGGGUAACAUGAGUAACAGUAAUAGUAAUGCUACUACCAAUAGCGCUAGUACGGCCGCAAGUACCAGUACCAAUGGAAGUAGUACUAACGGUAAUAAUAACCCGUCCAGUGGCACCAACGAAAACGUCGGAGGUAAUGGUUUAUUGACUAUCAAGAUUUAUCAUUCCGAUUUAAUCAAAUUACCUAUCAAGAUUAAGAAUGAUAAGAAUAUCCUCACAGCUUUGGCUUCCAAUGCCAUCAAUGAAACCAGCAAGUCCCUGCUUUUAGAUAAAAUCAGUAAAUUGGAUGAUUCUGAGUUCAUUGAUCAAGACAUAAAUUCCAAAUAUUUACCAUCGAUUAUUUCCAUCCCCGAUCCAAAUUCAAAGAACCAAUUGAUUAGAAGUUUACUCUAUCUUACAGUUGAAUUUGAAAAUAACGUGUUAGUAGUGGAACCUAUCAAUGGAGAUUUGAACAAUUCUACUUGGAAUCAAGUCAUAUCAUUUGAUGUUACUAAAACAUUAAAAUCUUCAUCAAAUAACUCCAAUUUCUUGAAUUUGAAUUUAUUUGUUAAGUUACCAAACAUUUUAUGUUCACAUAAGAACGAUUUAUUGAUUGGAAGUAUUAAAUUACCAUUGAAUUUGAAAUUCCAUAAUAAAUCCAUUAGAUUAUUAAACCAUGAAUAUUUAGAAUUCUCAUCACCUUUAUCAAUGAACGAUAACGAAGAAGCCAAAGUUUUACCUGGGAAAAUUCAAGUCACCAUAGAUUUCAAACCUAUCAUAAAAAAAUCCUUAUCGAUUGAAGAAUUUGAUUUGUUGAAAGUUAUUGGUAAAGGUUCAUUUGGGAAAGUCAUGCAAGUUAUUAAGAAAGAUACCAAACAAAUUUAUGCUUUAAAGACCAUAAGAAAACAACAUAUCAUCAGUAGAAUGGAAGUGAUUCAUACAUUGGCAGAAAGAACUGUUUUAGCCAAGAUUAAUAAUCCUUUCAUUGUACCUUUAAAAUUCAGUUUCCAAUCAAAAGAUAAGCUUUAUUUAGUGCUUUCAUUUAUUAAUGGAGGAGAAUUGUUCUAUCAUUUACAACAAGAUGGGAAAUUCUCCAUGGAUAGAUCAAGAUUUUAUAUUGCUGAAUUAUUAAGUGCAUUAGAAAGUUUACAUGAAUUAAAUGUUAUUUACAGAGAUUUGAAACCGGAAAAUAUUUUAUUGGAUUAUCAAGGACAUAUUGCUUUAUGUGAUUUCGGAUUAUGUAAGCUUAAUAUGAAUGAUAGUGAUAAGACCAAUACAUUUUGUGGUACACCAGAGUAUCUUGCUCCAGAAUUGAUUUUAAAUCAAGGAUAUACUAGAUCAGUUGAUUGGUGGACCUUAGGGACUUUAUUAUAUGAAAUGUUAACUGGAUUACCCCCAUUUUAUGAUGAAGAUCAUAAUACCAUGUAUAAAAAGAUAUUGAAAAAUCCUUUGAAGUUCCCUUCAUUCUUGGAAAAUACUGAUGCCAAGGAACUUUUGGUGGAAUUAUUAAAGAAAGAUCCAACACAAAGACUUUCGGAUCCAGUUAAAAUCAAAAACCAUCCAUUUUUCAAAGAUAUUGAUUGGGUGAAAUUGAACAACAAAAGUUAUUUACCUCCAUUCAAGCCAAAUGUUGAAAAUUUGUUGGACACUUCCAAUUUCGAUGCUGAAUUUACUAAUGAAAAACCUCAAGAUAGUGUGGUGGAUGAUUAUUUAAGUGAAAGUGUACAGAAACAAUUUGGUGGUUGGACAUAUAAUGGUGAUAGGGUUUUAUAG